CUCUUCCGGCACGCGUCCUGCCUGGCCAUGGUGGGGAAAGUACGGCGCCCGCGGCUGCACUGCGCCGCGCCCCGACCCCCGCCGCGCCCCAACCCGGCGCCGCCCGGUCCCGGCGGCCGCAGCGCGCCCGCGGCGAAGGUAGUGGGGCUGCGGGGGGAGCGGAACGGGGUCACGAGGGGCUCGGCUGCCGUGACGCCGCGCUGGCUCCGAUGUGGCUGAAGCUGUGCGCUUGCCCUGCGUAGCGGCUUCUCUCGUUUUGCAGAGAAGCAGCCUUUCCCCUGCCCUCGGCGGCUCCGGCCCAGCGUGCGGAGCGCGGGGCCGCCCGGACGCGAGGCAGCACCUCCUCGUGCUCUUUACGCUUUCAGCCCGGUCUGUUCGGUUACGGCUCGGUCCGUUCUCAGGGACAGGCGGGGGGGGAGCGAGGAGACUCCGGCGAGGGGGCUCAGCUCGGGCAGUGGGAAGAAUUUCUUCGUAGAGAGCAGCUGCCCUGGGAGCUGGAGUCUGCAUCCCUGGAGGUGAUUAAGGAUGUGCGGAUGUGGCACUGAGGGAUGCAGGAUUGGAACUUCUCAUCAUCUGACAUCUUUUCUGGGCUCACUAUUGACCCUGAUUCUCUGGUGAAGAAACUUGAUUUGGACUCCAGAAGCAUCGUUUCAUCCAGGACAGACUGCAGGAAAUCUGCUAGUAGAGGAGGACUGGACAUAGCCAGCUCCAAGGGACCCACAAACAGUGACUGUUUGGAAGAAAAAACACUUCUAUCAAAAAAAGAAAAAAUGAAGCUGAGGAAAGAAAGAUGGCUACAGAAAAUAGAAAGUGUGAAGCUAGCCAAGCAGAAGCAAAAAGCUGAAGCAAAGCGAAAGGCAACACCUGUUGUGGGAGACAUGCAGCCACUGAUGGAAGCCCUGCCUGAGCUCUCUGAUCUGACUGCAGGUAUCAAAGGCAGGAAGCCAUCCAAGAGGCAUGAAAAAACAAAGGCAGAACCAGCAGAUUUCUGUAUGAUGAAACAAGCUCAGAAACACAGGCUCUUAGAAGAGGAAGUGGCCCAGUUUCAUGAGGUCAUCGCAGAUCCCAGGUACAAAGCCAACCCCUUCUUGGUCAUCAGUGAGCAUCUCUCCAAGAGGCUAAGGCAGGAAGAAGGCAAACCCCUCUAGGGCAUCGGCUGAGACAGGUGUGCAUGAUGAAGCUCGUGCACAGGCUCCAGACCACAAACAAGCACAUUGUGAACGUGACCUCUCAGCCACUUCAGUCCUUGGAAAAAGUCCAGCAUAUUAUUCAAUCCAACAGUCCUGUUUUCUGUCUACAGGAAUAACGCAGUUCCCUCCUGACGGUGGUGGCUGCUCCUUGGCAAACAGCCUGCAGAGAGCAGGGUGAUCUGUGAGAUCUUUGCACACACACCAACCUUCCUGUGAAGAGUCUUGACACCUUUUCUUUUUGUGGCACAAUUCCUUAAAUUGUGCCAGAGGCGAUGUUUUUGUUCUCCCCCCUCCAAUCCUUGCUGACUACUAUGGAAAGAAGUUCUGUUGUGAAUGUUGAAGACCCCAAGAUCUGGAGCCCAGAAGGCUGUUGCAGAUCUGUGUAAGGACUGAUGCUGCUGUUCAGAGCCAUUGUUGUGUGUGAAAAAUUUAGCUUUGGAAUAAAAGCACUUUUGUACAGUA